AAUACCACAACCACAAAAACCCGACAGCAUUGCAGUAUCCAGCAUUUCGGAUGAAUGGAUGACAUCCGUUUCCGGCUUUUUUCAUUUUUAUUUUUAAAGGCCACGGCGUGACGUAGAACAAGAGACGCACGUGUCUUCGGAAAUUCGUAGCUUUCCUUCAUGAAUCCAUCGCCCUUUACCAAAAUGGCAUUGCAUUCAAUAAAAUUCCCAUAUUUCAAUUAAAACUGAGCCAUUGAUUGCCAAUUCUGACGUCCAUAGAACAAAUUAAAUCCUUGCCACUUCACAUUUCCCCUAUAAAAUAAGGCGAUUCAAGCAACACAUUCCACACAACAAUUUCUGUGCACUCAGACACAACAUCGAAAUCUUUGCUGUUAGUUAGAAAUCUUUAAAAUUACUACCAUGCAAAUAUCUUGCAUUUUACCUUGGGCUAUGUUUUGCCUUGCUGUUGCUUCCUGUUUUGUGCUUCAACCUUUGCCAGGUUCUACGAACGAAGAUAUUCAGGAAGUAUGGCAGGACGAAGAUGAAGAGGAGGAUUGCCAACCUCGCAUUGUUUCCAUCACGGACGAACUGGUUGAACUGGGCAAACAUCGCGAAACUGCCUGCCCAUUCAGAGUGGAGAAUAAAACGAUAGAACACGAAAAUCCAUUUGGAAACGUUACCUUAGACAUCAAUGAAAUCAUUUGUUCGGGACUGUGUGUUGCUGGGAACUGUGGUGGACCUGGACGCAACUGCAAGCAGCUGAUGACGACUGUGAAAGUUUCCAUACACAACUCGACGACCGGGGAAACAAUGGGAAUGUUUUCCACCAACGUUGCAAUCGGCUGUAGCUGCACUCCACAAGAUCCAGGAGCUCUUGGUGAAGAUGUUUAGUCGCAUUUAAUUAAAAUUUAAACGUUAGUGCAACUCGUAUUCAUUUAAAUUGUUUUUCAAAUGAAUAAUUUGAUACUCGUUGUGAAAAUUGAUGCAAAGUUGAUGCCUGUGCCUGUGAUGUCGUAAUAAA